CCUUUUAAUAUGACGCAAACGAGAGGUGUAGUUUGGCAUGGAAGAUGGCGAGUGUGGAAGCCGCUGCGGAACAUGAACGAAUUUUACGGGAGAUUGAAAGCACCGACACUAAUUGUAUUGGACCUACUCUCAGGUCAGUCUACGAUGGCCAGGCACAUGGCUUCUUCAUGGAAAAGUUGGAGGGGAGGAUCCGGAACCAUGACCGUGAGAUUGAGAAGAUGUGCAACCAUCACUUCCAGGGCUUCGUGGACUCCAUCACAGAGCUGCUCAAAGUGCGGGCAGAGGCCCAGAAGCUGAAGAGCCAAGUGACCGACACCAACUCACGGCUCCAGGAUGACGGAAAAGUGAUCCUGACAACCAUGGAGGAGCUGACGCAGUGUCGGGUCCAGCAGAGGAACAUCGCCACCACUGUGGAAAAGCUCACCCGCUGCCUGCCCGUACUGCAGAUGUAUAGCAAGCUACAAGAACAGAUGAAGGCCAAACGGUACUAUCCAGCACUGCGGACCCUGGAGCAGCUGGAACAGCGCUGUCUGCCGCAGGCGGGAGAGUACCGCUUCUGUGCCAUCAUGGCUGAGAACAUCCCGCGGCUGCGCGUCCGCAUCCGAGACGUGUCUAUGUCGGACCUCAAGGACUUCCUGGAGAGCAUCCGCAAGCACUCGGACAAGAUCGGCGAGACGGCCAUGAAACAGGCCCAGGCCCAGGACCAGCGCUCCCUGAACAGUGCAGGCCUGCAGCAGAGAGGAGGCAGUGGGCGCCGUGUCCGGAAGGUGUCGCCCAGUACCGAGCUGGACGGCCAAAGCAGCAGCCCCCUCUCCGAGCAGGACUCCGGCAUCCUGGACGUGGAGGACGAAGAGGACGAUGAAGAGGAGGAGGUGCCUGGUGCACAGGAGCUAGUUGACUUCUCUCCUGUCUACCGCUGUCUGCACAUCUACACAGUCCUGGGUGCCAGGGACACGUUCGAGAGCUACUACAGGAAGCAGAGGAGGAAACAAGCACGGCUGGUGCUGCAGCCACACUCAAACAUGCAUGAAACCCUGGAGGGAUACAGGAGGUACUUCAAUCAAAUAGUGGGGUUUUUUGUGGUGGAGGAUCACGUCCUUCACACGACCCAGGGGCUGGUCAACCGGGCGUACGUGGAGGAGCUGUGGGAGAUGGCCCUGUCCAAGAGCAUCGCAGCGCUGCGCACACACUCGUCGUACUGCACUGAUCCAGACCUGGUGCUUGAUCUGAAGAACCUCAUUGUGCUUUUUGCAGACACACUACAGGGUUAUGGGUUCACCGUUAACCAGCUGUUUGACAUGCUUCUGGAGAUGCGGGACCAAUAUGGGGAGAUCUUGCUGAAGAAAUGGGCCAUGUCCUUCAGGCAAAUCCUGGACCAGGACAACUACAGCCCCAUCCCAGUAGCCACUCCGGAAGAGUACCACAGCAUCAUCAGUCAGUUCCCCUUCCAGGACCCGGAGCUGGACAAGACUCCAUUUCCUAAGAAGCUGCCCUUCUCAGAGUUUGUGCCUAAAGUCUACUGCCAGCUGAAGGAGUUCAUCUACGCCUGUCUGAAGUUUUCUGAGGACCUACACCUCAGUUCGACAGAGAUUGAUGACAUGAUCCGCAAAUCCACCAACCUGUUGCUCACGAGGACUCUUAGCAACUGCCUUCAGUAUGCCAUCAAGAAGAAGAAUGUAGGACUAGCGGAGUUGGUGCAGGUCAUCAUCAACACUACUCACCUGGAGCAGUCAUGCCACUACCUGGAGGAGUUCAUCUCCAACAUCACCAGCGUUCUCCCCGACAACAUGAACGCCACCAAACUCUACGGCACCUCCACCUUCAAGGUGAGUGGAGCGCGAUCUCUUGCUGAAGAAGAGAUCUACACUAAACUCAACCAAAAGAUUGACCAGUUCCUGCAGCUGGCCGAUUAUGAUUGGAUGGCGACGCAGGCGGCAGGGCAGGCCAGUGACUACCUGAGUGACCUCAUCGCCUUCCUCUGCAGCACCUUUGCCGUCUUCACCCACCUGCCUGGGAAGGCCAUUGAGCACGGCACCCUUCCGGGCAAGGUGGCCCAGACGGCCUGCAUGUCGGCCUGUAAGCACCUCUCCACCUCCCUGCUCCAGCUGCUGCUGGAGGCCGACGUCCGGCAGGUGUCCAUGGGAGCGCUGCAGCAGUUUAACGUGGACGCGGAGGGAGGCGAGCGGUUUGCCAGGGCGGGCCCGGUGCCGGGCUUCCAGGGGGACACACUGCUGCUCGCCUUCAUCGACUUGAGACAACUCCUUGAUCUCUUCACCCAGUGGGACUGGUCCACGUACCUGGCGGACUACGGGCGCCCCACCUGCAAAUACCUGCGGGUGAACCCGCACACCGCCCUGGUGCUGCUGGAGAAAAUGAAGGACACCAGCCGGAAGAACAACAUGUUCUCGCAGUUCCGCAAGAACGAGCGCGACAAGCAGAAGCUCAUCGACACUGUGGUCAAGCAGCUGAGGAACCUCAUCUCCUCACACCAGUCCUGAAGAUGCAGUCCUCUCAUUGGCAGCCGGGUGUCAGCUGACACACUCCAGUCCUCACCUCAUUGGUCACCUCUGCCAUCACAGUGAAAAAGCAGCAUGUUUCUUCAUCCCCACAACCUACCUAGUUGUGCCAGUCACACCACCAUCACAUCUACCCACCCUAUGCGUAUAUUUGCUUCAUUCAGAUGUGCCACCUGCCUCUCUUAAGCACGUUUGUCCUCACAAGUCUCCUGUCUUGUGAAACGGGAUGACUUUUCAACCCCCAACAAGAAGAGAGUUGCUCCUUCUCUUCUCCUGUCCUUUCCUCGGAGUUCCUGUCUUCCCAUAGGAUUUGUUACAAGCACAGGAAGGGAUAUGGACACCAUUUCAUUCCCUUCGCCUCAGACCAGAACAGACUGGUUCGGACGCAGGGUGCACAGUGACAGGUCACCCCAGCCACACAGAAGUGUUGUUCACAAGAUGCUGGAAGACCUUUUUUUUUUACCCCAUUGCGCAUUCAAGUUUGCCGAGGUGGUACAUUAGUUACUGAUGCCUGUGUGUGUGUGUGUGUGUGUGUGUGUUUUCACAGCUGUUGAAAGACUUAAGUUUGUAAAAGGAUCAAAUGAUUUUGACUGCUAGCCAUU